AAUGGAAAGAGGCCUGAUUUUGUCACCAGGUUUUCCAAACAACUACUACCCAGGGACACACUGUGUCUGGCAGUUUUUCAUUCCCAUGAGAACCCAUCUCAUCUUGGAAAUAUUUGACUUUGACGUUUUUGAGAGCUCUAGUGAAACUCCAACCCCCUGGGAUGGCUUUUCAGCCCCUGCUAUAACAGACAAUAAGGACAAGCCUUCUCUUGAGGAAAACCUGGGCUUUGCUGCCCACACCACAAAACCCUCUCUCCAGACCUCGACAUUGAAGGUGGCUCAGAACCUGAGCAGCACCAGAGACCAGUCAAAGGACCUUGCUGGUCAUCUGGAGGAACUUCCAGGAACCAUCUCAAAAAAAGGUGAAGCCAAACAAGCAUCUGAAGAAAACCAGUGGAAGCAGAUGAAGGAACCCAAAGGGAUCACCAAGGCUCGGCCAGAGGAGCUGCCAGUCCCUGUGGCUGGCAGUGCCUCAGGGCAGAGGCAGAAUACCAGUGGGCUGGGAGCAGGAGAGGAUUUGGAAGGGAAGAUGUUGCUUGCCCACCUAGCUGCUAGUGAGAGAGAUGCAGUCACAGUGGAGAGCUGGACUCUUCCCUCGACAGCACUGCCCUUGGACAUCUCCUCCAGCCCUCAGGCAGCAGUGGAUGUCUGUCCCCAUGAUGUGUUAUAUGUUUCUGACCUCAUCACGUUUUCCUCUCGCUUCUGCGGCCUGAAUUCCCCUGUGAACAAGACCAUGGUGUUUGGUUCACCUCUGGAAAUGGUGGAGGUGAUCCUGGAGCUGAUCACCACCACGGGCCGGGGCCGGGGCUUUGCCAUGCUCUUCGAGUACAGGAACAUCUCGCAGCCCGGGGCUGUGGACGCUGUGAGGCAGGAGAGGAGGGAGAGCAUGAUGCUGCUGGCAAUUCUAACAGGGAUCCUUGUCUUUGCUCUUGUUUUGCUCUCUGCCCUCUGUGUAGCUUGCAGGCAGAGAACGUGCCCCAAAAGGAGCUCAUCCAACGCAUGCAGUGACCAGGAGAACAGGAUCCAGAACUCCACUGCCGAUAUCAAUGAGCUGCAGCUGGUGGUGCCAAGCCGGGAGAACGAGAACAACAACCACUCUGUGAGCCGGGAGCAGGCGGUCACUUCCUGCAGAGGCAGCACAGAACGGUCUCCUCAGGACACUGACCCAGAUGUGCCCUCCUCCAUCUCUGCAGUGACCACCGAGACUGGGAGUGAUGAAGUGUUUAUCAUUUCUGCUGGACCUGGGACCAGCGGGCUGAGCUUUACCACCUACAGGAUCCAGGACAAAAACCUGAAAAGGAGUGUGACCAGCCCGGCCUCUGUGUCCGACUGGCUGAGCUCCCAGCCCACGGCAGGGGCAGACGCUGCUGAGAAGGGGAACGUGCAGCUGGAGCAUCCCUGUCCCAGGCAGCGCACCUGGAGCGCCCGCACCUUCCACGACCUCCUGGCUCCAAUACCGCAGCUGCAGAAGAAAUGGUGCAGCUGGAGCACCAACAGCCCCUUCACAAAGCUGGUUGACAGCAGCGGUUUUUCUACAGCUGCAAGAUCCCAAGGUGUGCCAACCAGAAAGGUAAUCUCAGCCACUGAGAUAGAGGGAGCAUCAGAGACUAUUUACUCUGAUUCAUCUGCCAGUAAUGCCUCAUACCCCCUCACUCUGUCUGCACAGAGGCAGCGGAAGUUAACUUCCUGCAAUUUGAAGAAAUCCAGAUUUGGGAACCCUUAUUUUGGAAUUUUAGCCAGCUCCCCUGACAGCAAACAUGUGAGGUCCUUGGAUCCCUCAAGACAUCUAGGGGCAGCAUCUCCAGUUAACAGCCAAAGUCCCAAAAAUCUUUUGGAGAGCUCCAACCCACUGAAAAUCAACUUGGUCAACAGUUCAAAAACAAAGGAGCUUAUGGUAGAAACAGAUAAAAACAAACCAGUUUUUGUUAUUUCUGAAGAAGGGGAUGAUCAGCAGCCUCUGGUCCUGGCAGAACACCUCAGUCAGUGUGGAGAUCACCUGUCAGAGCAAAAUGCUGUGUAUGCUCCAGCCAUGCCAGAGAAACAGCUGGGGGUUCUGACUGCAGAGGGGAACAGCUCUGCCACCUUCACCUCGAGCCUUCCCCUUUGGGCAAAAUCCCCCACUUCAUACAAAGGCCAUGGGAAGGCCCCCAGCUCCUCCAGGGACCAGCAGAGCUCAGCGGGUGGAGAUGCCAACACCACUGAGACCUUACAGAACUGUGACACCCCCGCUGCUACUAUGCUGUGCCAAGCUUCAGUCCAGUGAUGUCCUCGGAGAGACUGAAACAUCAGUUCCCAAACCCAGAGGGAGCAGGGACAUGAGCAGAGCAGAAGCUGUGCAGAGCAGUUGAGUGUGGCAGUCACAUGUGGCAGCUUUGUAGAGAGCAGUCUUCGCUUCCCACACAUUGGGACUGAGAUUACAAGGAUACAAACCACGGAACAGCACAAAUGGCAUCUCCCCUUAUGCUCACUAACCUCAUCUCUCUUCUCCUGCAUGAGAUUUGGAUGUAGUUUGUACAAGAAAGCAUCCUCUAAAAAGGUACUUCAGACUGCAGAAAACUCUUUUCUGGGAUGGGUAUGAAAGUAACCUGGGGUGGUCACACCGUGGUUUAUAUGUGAAAUGCAAAUCAGUCCCUUGUCCCUGAGGUAUCAAUUGAGUCUUUCUGUUGGGAGCUCUGACUUAAAUUCUGUUUAUAGCUCUGCCUGUACAA